UAUAAGUAGCAAGUUCUAAUAAUAGGAUAUUAUUGGUGAAUCUUUGGCAGUUUUGAAAUGUCUUAGUUAACACCCACACUCAUUCCUCCUCUCCAGUCCCCCUUUCCCCACUUCCACUCAUUUCUGCAUUAAUUUUCAUUUUCCCCAUUACAUAAUUUUGAUUUUCUUUUUUUUAAAAAAUUAUUAUGUUAGGGUUUUGGGGCAAAAAAGAUUUGCAUCCAUAGGCCAUAUUCAUCGAGAUUGAAUUUGAGAUUUUGAUUAUUAAGGAUCAAUCAGGGGAGGAGUGGGGAGGCAUGGAGAACGGUCACGAUGGGAAAUUGGCAGAAAAGUUAUCAGGAUUGGCCCUCAACGAGAACAAGGACAACAACGACGACGACGAUAGCUUGUUUCAGGUCAUGAAAGCUGUUGAGGCUGCCGAAGCCACCAUCAAACAACAGGCGGAAGAGAACAGUCGAUUGAGGUCUGAACUCCAGAAGAAAAUUGAGCAACUCAAAAAAUAUAAAGUGGAAAGUGGUAGUAAUCCAAAUGCUUGUGCAAAAGAAGCUAUCAAUACCAAUUUAAAUGGCACUUCGAAUGCACUUCCUGCUGUUGCUGCUGCUUGGACUAACAGUAUCGCGGGCGCUGCUCCUUCUCAUUUCUCUACACUGUCAACUACCUCUUUUUCCCCCACCAGGUAUCAAUUGGAAGAAGAAUAUGAUUUUCAAUUACCGCCGGUUCUCAUGCGAAUGCCUCAAUUAAAUAAUUCCAAUUCCCUAUGGAAACAGGAUGUUGCCCUUAAGAUUCAGGAACAUGAAGAAGAGAUUUUGCAGUUGCGCAAACAGCUUGCUGAAUUUUCUGUCAAGGAAGCACAAAUUCGCAAUGAUAGAUAUGUUCUUGAAAAGCGCAUUGCCCAUAUGCGUCUGGCCUUUGAUCAACAACAACAGGACCUUAUUGAGGCUGCAUCGAAAGCUCACUCUUAUAGGCAAGAUAUUAUUGAGGAAAAUAUUCGUCUAACAUAUCAAUUACAGGUGGCACAGGAAGAAAGAACAACUUUUGUGUCAUCUUUGCUUCCUCUUCUGGCAGAGUAUUCCCUGCAGCCACCAGUAUCUGAUGCUCAAUCCAUUGUAAGCAACAUCAAGGUUCUAUUUAAACAUCUACUAGAGAAGCUUAUUAUCACUGAGUCAAAGCUAAAGGAGUCACAGUAUCAGUUGGCACCUUGGCGGUCAGAUGUCAAUCAUUCCAAUUUUGCCCCCCAAUCUCCAUCUCAUUCCCUUGGUGCAACGUUGACAACUUCAAGCAAAAAUGGCCUCGAAUUGGUGCCACAGCCAGCAUAUUCCCAGGGAAAGACACAGAUAAUUUCUGAUGCUCAAACAAACUCAAAUUGGGAUCUACCUGGUCAGAACCAAGGUGGCUUGGGUGGUGGUAUUGCUUUGAAAAAUUUGGAACCUGAUGAUUUGGGGAGGCAUUCACCUAUAGCAAGCAGGACUUCUACUGCCAAUAAGAUACCAACACCGCUGGCAGCUACUCAGGGGGACAUGCAUACUACACAAUAUGGUGAAAAAACUAUUAAUAAACAAGUUAUGUUUUGUGACCCUGUCAGCAAUAGUGAGAUGGAUUAUCCUGAUGCCGACGGACAACAGAUUGAAAGUGAACCUCCCUCCCAUUGGGGUUCAGGAAACUCUCCUUAUGCAACUACACUUGAUGACCCCAGUUCCUCGUAUCCUUCUUAUCUACCACCAGUUCUUGAAGAGCCUUCAUCUUCUUCUUCUGAGGCUGCAGAGGAUGAUCUGCUUCCAGCUAUAGAAGGCCUCCAAAUUUCAGGUGAAGCUUAUCCAGGGAGGGAACUUCAGGCGUGUGGAUAUUCGAUUAAUGGAACUACCAGUUGUAAUUUUGAGUGGGUGCGCCAUAUGGAAGAUGGAUCUGUUAAUUAUAUUGAUGGAGCAAAGCAACCAAACUAUCUUGUUACUGCUGAUGACGUUGAUACCUACCUUGCUAUUGAAGUCCAGCCUCUAGAUAACAGGAAACGUAAGGGAGAGUUGGUGAAGGUCUUUGCCAAUGAGCACAAGAAGAUCACAUGUGAUCCAGAGAUGCAAGGCCUUAUAGAGAAGACUCUUUAUAGUGGUCAUGCUUCGUAUAAAGUUUCAUUCUUGACAGGAUAUCUUGAUAUAUGGGAACUGGCUACAUUGGCCAUUAAAAGGGAUGGUUACAGUAUCAAGUCUGAUGGACCCAACGUUCUUGUAGUGAAUGAAAAGUUUUUUCCAACUACUCAGAUUAAAAUAACGUUUGGAGAGCCUACAGAGUUUAUGAUUAUUGGACCAAAUGGUGUUCUGCGUCUCUUACGAGCAGACAGCAGCUUUCCAGAUGUUAGCUGUUCAAGAGAUACAAUUGUGCUCACCUUGAGAUUAUUUAUCAUACGGACAGAAUAAUAUUGAUAGUUAAUUGGGGAUCCAAGGAUGAUUUUCCCAGUUUUCUCAAAACUUCUGCGAGUAGAAUUUCUUAUUCUCUGCUUCAGUUGCAUACAUUACUUACUAAAUUUCUUGGUUAUUGCCUUGGUUAUAUACCCUAUGUCUCUCUGGAUUGGUUGACUGUCAUUCUACUCUGAAAUUGAGGAUUUAAAGCAUCUCAAAUCCAUGGCUGCGAAAUUGCAUUGAUUUGGACCAUGUAUUAUCGGUUUUUUCAGUCCAAGGAUGAUGCUUUCCCUUUUUCAUCUUUUUCUUUUGCUCAAAUUUGACCUGUAACAGCUAAAAUCUUAUUUAUUAUUGAUUUUAACUCCCAAAGUAGUUGUAUGAGGCUCUGACCAAACAACUAAAAUCUGUCUUUUUAGCACCCAAAGUAGUUGUACAAGAUUUCAAACCUUGCACUAUCUCUCUAAUGGCAUUAACUUCCUUAAAAUUUUCCAAUUUCAUUUAUUUUUGGUUUUGUUGUUGUUAUUUAACUUUUUUAAAUGAUGGGGUUCUUUUUUGCAAUUGUGGUAUGGUUUUGUAAUAUAUCUAAACCAAGUUACUAUGUUAAUAUCUUUAGGUCUCCUGCAUGAAUCUGAGAUUUUGGCAUCUAUAAUCAUAUUUGAGUUUCACCCUUAUUUGAUUUAGACCUAUCUGAUACACAACUCAGAGAGGAACGGGUGGUUUUUCCUUGUGUUUUCACACAUGGGUCAUAAGUUAGGUUUUGGUUAAAGAUAGGGACCUAUUACUUUUACACUCUCUUGAAUGUUUAUUAGCUUUCAAUUGAAUAACAAUAAAAAAGAAAACCGAUUAGCUCAUUUUUUUAGCAUUUGUAUGCACUGCUGUAGGACCAAAUUGGUGUUUUUGAUAGGCUU